AUGAGGGUCCUGAUCGCCCUCAGCGUGCUGGUCGUGCUCGCGGCAUCGGCGCACGCCGCCGAACCUCGCCCUGGGGCGGCCCCGGCGCCCGGCCCAGGCUGUUCCAUGCUCAAGGACAAGCACUCCUGCAAGGACAGCAAGGAUGGCUGCACCUGGUGCGAGAGCAGCUUCUCCUCCGCCUGCUACAGCGAGGACCAGGCCAAGUACCUGCCGUCCCAGUUCUUCCACUGCAAGCCGAAGCCUUCUGCCAUUUCAGAGGAGGUUGCUCCUACACAGGCCGAGCUUGCCAAGAAGGGCAAGGGCGGCGACAAGAAGGCCGACUGCCGGGACCUGAAGGACCGCAAGGACUGCGUGAGGGCCAGGGCCGUGUGCAGCUGGUGCAAGGGGAGCUUCGCGCCCGACAUGUGCCUGGACGAGGACCAGGCCAAGUACCUGCCCCCCAUGGUGUUCGACUGCGAGAAGAGCCGCCGCUCCAAGGACGACGAUGACGAGGUUGAUGUUUCCGAGGUUGCGACGUCCCUCGACAGCAAGAAGCACAAGAAGCACGAUGACGACGACAAGCCCGGCUGCAGGGACCUGAAGGACCGCAAGCACUGCAUCAAGUCCAAGGCGGUGUGCGGCUGGUGCGAGAGCAAGAUCGGGCCCGACCUGUGCUUGUCAGAGACCGCGGCCAAGCUGAUGCCCCCCAUCGUGUACAAGUGCGAGGAGAGCCGCGUCAAGCCCGACCCCGACACCCUCGCUCUGAAGGGCGGCGAGCAGCCCGAGCAGCCUGAGCAGCCGGAGCAGCCCGAGCAGGGCGACGCUGACAAGGACGCUGACGAGGACGACGACGCUGCGCAGCCCGAGGUGGCCAAGAAGAGCCACAAGAAGCACAAGAAGCACGACGACGAUGAUGAUGACAAGAAGGCUGACUGCCGGGACCUGAAGGACCGCAAGGACUGCGUGAAGGCCAAGGCCGUGUGCAGCUGGUGCAAGGGCACCUUCGCGCCAGACAUGUGCCUGCAGGAGGACCAGGCGAGGUAUUUGCCUCCCUUUGUCUUUGACUGCGAGAAGAGCCGCCGCUCCAAGGACGACGACGGCGAUGAGGACGCUGUCGCUGCCGACGCCGAGGACGCCGACGCUGACGAGGACGAUGACAACGACGACGACGACGUUCUCGCUGACCUGUCGCGCAGCCGCAAGCACCACAAGGCCCACCACGAGGGCAAGGGCAAGAAGCACCGCCACACGGACAAGAAGCACCGCAAGAAGCAUGAUGACGACGACAAGAAGAAGAAGAAGACCGACUGCCGGGACCUGAAGGACCGCAAGGACUGCGUGAAGGCCAGGGCCGUGUGCAGCUGGUGCAAGGGCACCUUCGCGCCAGACAUGUGCCUGGACGAGGCCCAGGCCAAAUACCUGCCGCCCUUCGUGUUCAGCUGCGAGGCAAGCCGCCGCUCCAAGGACGACGCCGACGAUGAUGUCACCACCGCCGCCGUCGACGAGACCAAGGGUUGGGUCGCCACCGUGGUCGACGCGAUCACGGCCCCCUUCUCCGCCCCCGAGCCCGGCCCGUCCGACCCCUGCACUGACUACGAGAGUGCCAAGAAGUGCGGCAGGCACGACGGCUGCACGUGGUGCGAGGGCAAGUGGGCCGCGGGCCAGUGCUUCAGCGAGGAGCGCGCCAAGUACCUGCCCUCCUCCUUCUUCAAGUGCGAUGUUUCCAAGGUUGCAGCCUCAUAA